GACGCAGCGCAAUACAACGAAACAACGCAACAGAACUCUCCUAUUUUGUUGCCCUUUUUUAUUUUUCAUUAAUCAAAAAAGAAACAAAAAAAAAAAAGAAAAGAAAAGAAAAGAAAAAAAAAGGGAAGACAUAACCCCAUCGCCUCCGUCGUUCUUCUCUUUUCUUUCCCUCGGUGUCCUCGGCUUCCUCCCUCUCCUUGCCGAUCGGCGUGGUUUCGACAAUGCUUUUGUUGGACUCGGUUGUGAUGCUGCGUCAGUAGAAGAGAGAAGAGGCGGGGAUACGUACAAGAGCCGGAGGAAUAGAAUGUACAAAGCGCAGCAGCACAACGCCAAGGCGUGGGAGUCGGCCAUCCGGAAAGCACAGCAGCAGCUGCACCAGCGCCGCUGCAUCUGCCCCCUCUCGCCCAUGUCUGUCGCCCCCGCCGGCGACGACUCCGGAUCCUCCUCCUCGCCCCGCGGAGGGGGCGACGACGGCUCACUCGAGGCCGAGGCCGAGGGGGAGGACGAGGUGUACCACGCGGAGCGCUCCUUCCCCAUCGGCGACCUCUACAUCGGCCAGUGGUCCCGCGGUGUGCCUCACGGCACCGGCAAGUACCUCUGGACGGACGGCUGCAUGUACGAGGGCGAGUGGCGGCACGGGAAGACCACCGGCCGCGGCAAGUUCUCGUGGCCCUCCGGCGCCACCUACGAGGGCGAGUUCAAGGCCGGGUUCAUGGACGGCUUCGGCACCUACACCGGCGCCUCUGGCGAGACCUACUGGGGAAGCUGGUCCAUGAACCUGAAGCACGGUCACGGCAAGACGUCCUACACCAACGGCGACUACUACGACGGCGAGUGGCGCUCCGGCCUACAGGACGGCCAUGGCCGCUACGUUUGGCGCAAUGGGAGCGAGUACGUCGGGCAGUGGCGCGCCGGGCUCAUCCAUGGCAGAGGAUCUCUCAUCUGGGCUAAUGGCAACCGGUUCGAUGGCGGGUGGGAUAAUGGAUGCCCGAGGGGCAACGGCAGCUUCCGAUGGGCUGACGGCAGCCUCUACGUCGGCGAAUGGAGUAAGGAGAAUGCCAAGAUCGAGCAGAAUGGGGUGUACUACCCUUCGCCCGCUGUGACUUCCCCCACGGCACGAGAUCCACAGGAAGCCUUUGCAGUUGACCUCCAGGAAUGUAAGAUACCGUCGGGGGAAACUAUGUCUUUACUUCCCUCACAGAAGGCCAUCAAUUGGCCUGGCAUUGAGGUGUGGAGGUCUCCCAAGGUCCCUGAAUCUGGCGCCACCGACCGCUCCAGGAUUCAGGCCUUGGUCGAUAACGCCGAUCAUUGGUUGCCGCCCAGAAGGCCGAAUGGUAGGACGCAUCCUGUGCCCUGGGACAUGGUUGAUAGGAGUAAGGUACCUGUGAAGGGUGGAAGUGAGGUGGAGCCAAAACUGCCAAUGAACCCACCACACAUGGCCUGGCCACCUCCAAGACCAGUGAAGAAACAUGGAGAAACCAUCACAAAAGGGCACAAGAAUUACGAGCUUAUGCUCAAUCUCCAGCUCGGGAUCAGACAUGCUGUUGGAAAACAAAGUCUAUCUCAUAUGGAGCUGAAAUCAUCAGCCUUUGACCCAAAAGAAAAAGUGUGGACGAAGUUUCCUCCUGAAGGAUCAAAGCAUACACCUCCACAUCAAUCAUGUGAUUUCAGAUGGAAAGACUACUGUCCGUUAGUAUUCAGGACACUUUGCAGGCUGUUCAAAGUUGAUGCAGCUGAUUACAUGAUGUCUCUUUGUGGCAAUGAUGCUCUUCGGGAGCUAUCAUCUCCGGGAAAGAGUGGAAGCUUCUUCUACGUGACGAACGAUGACAGAUACAUGAUAAAGACAAUGAAGAAGUCUGAAGUAAAAGUCCUUCUGCGAAUGCUUCCAGCAUAUUAUAACCAUGUCCGGAAAUUUGAGAACAGUUUGGUGACCAAGUUCUUUGGUCUUCACUGUGUAAAGUUAGCUGGAUCUUCACAGAAGAAGGUCCGCUUUGUUAUAAUGGAAAAUUUGUUCUGCUCUGAGUAUGCUAUUCAUAGGCGCUUUGACCUGAAAGGAUCUUCCCAUGGUCGGAUGACCAGUAAGCCAGAGUCUCAGAUUGAUGAAUACACUACUUUAAAAGAUCUUGAUCUUAAUUUUAUUUUUCGUCUCCAACGGCCUUGGUUUCAAGAGUUCCAAAGGCAAGUUGACAGGGACUGUGAGUUUCUUGAGCAAGAGAGGAUCAUGGAUUAUAGCCUUCUAGUGGGAGUCCACUUCAGAAUUUCAAGAGAGAUGCCUUUGCUUGAAGAUCUGUUGGUGAAAGGUGGUGCCGUUGAUAGCAAAAGAGAAGCAACAUUGCAGCCUCCAAGAGAUGUGGAUCAAUUUCUUUAUGAUCCAAAUAGGGCGGCAAAAAUCCGACUAGGAGUGAACGUGCCAGCUAGGGCUGAACUGUCAGUUAGGAGGAGUUAUAGCGAUUCCCAGCUUAUUGGAGAAGCCACUGGGGACUUCUAUGAUGUUGUCUUGAUUUUUGGCAUUAUAGACAUAUUGCAAGACUACGAUAUCAGCAAAAAACUAGAGCAUGCAUACAAGUCCAUUCACUUUGAUCCAGCCUCAAUAUCAGCGGUAGAUCCGAAACAGUACUCGAAACGCUUUCGUGACUUCAUAUACAGAGCUUUCACAGAAGAUGCCUGAACAAAACUCUUAGCUGAAAGCAUCAACAGGUUUUCUAGGUUGACUUGUACUUCAGGAAAACACACAAGAAUCUGGUCGGGCAGCAAACUGGGCUCUCAGCUAUCGGCACGGCACACGUACAUUACUUCAGUGUGAUCAACAUCAGAUGUUGCUGCCUCAGCCACAACUGAGACCUUGGAGCUCAGCCUGUGGCUCCCAAAUGUGGUUCUGCUGUAGUAAAUGUGAAUAUGGCUUCAUUCAUUUCACUAAUCAUUUAUUUGCACAGGUAGCACUAAUUAUCUUAAUGCGAGGUAUGGUAGAAAAAAUGUAACAAGGAGCAUGUAAGCCAUUUAGAGUUGUAACAUGCAUCAGAUGUGAUUUCCUUU